AUGAUAUCUUUUCCACCGUUUUCCCAUUUUCCCAUAGUGAGCGAUGGUAUGAUAUUACCUAGUAUUCCGGCACAUCUGCUGGAUUGUUAUCGCGGCGGAGGCCCCGACCUUAGGGCACCAAAACGGCUUGAUACUUUCCUCUCCUUAUUGAAGAAACUGGAACAAGACUUCAGACUUGACAUGAGAAUGUUUAGUGGCGCUCUACUGAGAAGUUUCCGUUUGGAUGGCAUAGAAGAGUCUGCGAAUGCUGUGGAGACGGACUUUUUAUUACCAUUUAGGGCAUCUAACUUUCAAUUUCACAAAUAUAAACUACUAAUGGAUUUAUUUCUACCGACACAAAAUCUUCUACAAGUCAAUGAGAGUCUAUCCUUGACUGAUACUUGCUUUUUGCAUAGAAUUAUGAGUUCUACAGUUCGUCAAUGGGAACGCGGUGAUGAGGGCAUCGUGUGUCCACUGUCUGCGCAACAAAGGCAAAAUAUGGCUACUCAAAGUAGUGGUAGAAUACAUAGCCGCUGCCCUAUAGAAGAAGGGGUUAUACAUACAGACUGGGGACCUAUAGCGCCAGGUACUUUAGUCGCAGCCAUGGCGUCCUCGCUGGAGCCACAGCGGGUUUUGGUUACUGAAAUUUUGAACGCAGAUAUCUUCAAAGCGGGAAUAUCUGAGCCCCUUAUGGCUUCAGCUAAACAGGAAUGGUUUGAGGAUAUAGAAGCUUUUUUGAACACAGACGACCAACCAAUUGCACCGGAUAUUAGCAAUACUUGGGUUGCUACUCUUGCUGGUGAUUUAGCGGAGGUGGUAGUUAAUCAAGGUCCCAGAGUGGGUUCAGUGGAGAACAGAUUGGUAGUGGGUAGCAACAAUAGAUGGAAUGAUACAUAUCUGCCGCGCGAUUUCUAUUUAUUACCUCAAAAUGCAUCCGUCGUCGAUUGGCACUUUACUGAUGCCGAAAUUCUUGCUGGCAUUGACGGUUUAAUAAUCGCUAAUUACCUAUCCCAGUGGGUCGAGACAAGACGGACAUUACGACUCUCUCAAAUUAUAGACAUGUACUAUUCUCACGAAGGGAUAUCCUUCAACCCAAGAGUAAAAGCUUGCAACCGACAAAGUUUGUUCAAUGAGAUAUUUCGAAGGGAGACGUUGCUGGCAGAGGCGUCAAAGUUUGCUAACGUUCUAUCGCUUCGUCAAAUAACUGUUUAUGUGCCAGUUGAAGAAAUGGAUAGGAUUAGUGAAGCUGCUGUGUCUGCAUUCGUUACAUAUGCUCCGUCAUUACUAAGGCGAUAUCAUGUAGAUUGUCAUGUUAGUACCAGUGUUCCAUACGUGGAUUUACUUGUAGCUACAGACGGAGCCUGGGCGCGAUACGAAGUUGAACAGUUUAUAUCGUGGGUAGGUGGUGCCCUAGAGGUCAGCUUACAACCCAACACACUAGCUUUGAUCCAUGGUAACACUGGCAAUUUCAUUGUGCCUCCGUCUCACAACCUCACAGAUGUUUUUCAUCACAUAAAUAACUUUAAUGACACAUGGCCUAACCGAUUGAAUCUCCCAAAUGUAUUGUCAAGAGUAAUCCAGUACUCAAGGAAUAAGUCCCUAGAAGAAGAAAUUUCGAAUACCAGCGCUGGUCCAAGUACGGUGGUGUUAAUCGUAAGCCCCGGUGGCAGACCUUCAGCUAAUGAACUCCUAAGGUCCACAGAACUCAUGCAUUCUCUGAGAAUGAGUUUCUUCGAUGUUUAUUUCGCUUACGUUGCUCGCGAUCUUACAGAUUUUCAGAAUAUAAAUAACCAGUAUUUGGAUUAUUCAGAGUUAUUUUUAUCGGUAACUUCAACAGCAGUGAAUGACGUCGUUGAUGCUGUCGAUACGUUUGUGGUGAAGAACGAAAUUCCGACAAGAAUAUUUGGCCCUCACUGCCCGUUUAAUGACACAAUAUUCGAGCAAAGUGAAUAUGAAGAUUUUGUAUUGCCUGAACGGAAGGUCACCUAUAGGAUACAUCCCUUCUAUAUGCAACAGCAAACCUUCAUUCAAUUUAAGAUUCGUAACGGUGGUCAAGGCGAGUUGUUAGUUUGUUCCUGGAGAGGCGCUGACGCGUCUCAUAAUUGCCUUACUUUGGGCAACCGGGAUACACGCAUUUUCAACCUCACCAAACCUUGCCCUUCAGCAGACUUCUGCCCUCCAGCUUAUUUUACUGUAGCUGCGACUUCUACAGACAACAUUUGUGCACAUAAUGAUUGUCGUAUGCCACAUCAAGCUGGUUAUUAUAUAACGCACUCUGGUCUUCGAUGUUUAUCCCUGCGAAGUUCAACGGCAGCUUGGAAAAGUGAUAUUGAUCUAAUAUUAUUUUUGUACUUAAUUUAUGUUGUAAGUUUUAAAGUUAUAUUUUAG